AUGAACGGGAGUUGCGGAUGUGUGCUUGGCGGUCAAACAACAACAGAGCGACGUGGCUUUCUUAUUGAAGAUAUUCUCGAUCUGACAACUGGAACAAAUCGCUGUUCACAUUACCAAAAGCAAUCGAAACUGCAAAAAUCUGAUCAUCAAUAUCCGCCUGGUGACGAAAUUGAUGAUUUAACAGCUAAAUUUGAAAGUUGCGCAAGAACACGAAUCUUCAAAAAGACCAAUUUUCCAAUAAACGCUUCUUACAAACACCAGAAUAACGAAUCUCCGUCAGAUGAGGAUGACGUCGACGUUGAAUUGAGCAAUGAUGUGAGCAAUGAAAAUCCUAUUGUUUAUUGUAAGUUUUUGAUAUUUUAA